AUGCCUUCAUCCAGAGCCCGGCACAGCGACCCGAUAGAGAGGCGAGCCGGCCCGGGAGGAACCAUGAGCUCCAGCCGGGACUAUUCUGUGAAUCUGUCGGUGCAGCAGGUGCUGAGCCUCUGGGUGCAAGGUGCGACUCUGCAGCACUUUGCAGAGAUGUGGUACUGGGUGUUCCUGUGGUGUCUCUUCUCCUCGCUCUUCGUCCACGGGGCGCUGGGGCUGCUCAUGUUGGUCAUGCUGCAGCGCCACAAGAGGGGCCGCCUCAUCACCCUGGUGCUGGUCAGCGUGGGCUUCCUGGCAUCCCUCUCCGGAGGCGUCAUCACCAGCGCGGCGGUGGCCGGAGUUUACCGCGUGGCGGGGAAGGACAUGGCGCCGCUGGAGGCUCUGGUGCUCGGCGUGGGUCAGACCUCCCUCUCCGUCGUCAUCUCCUUCUCACGCAUCCUGGCCACUCUGUGA